AGGAACAGCACACGACGUUGAAAAAGACAGAAAGAAAAGAUGUACUUUAAAGUUCUUCUCUUUCUAGUUGUAACUGUGACUACAUUAUUGUCAGUAAGGUCAAGCAAAUGUCCAAUAACAUGCACUAAGUCAGCGUGUAAAGAAAACCUAAAAUGUUCUGGUUCCAUUGUUAAAGGAAAAUGUGGAUGUUGUGACGAAUGUGCAAAAGUUCGAGGUGAAACUUGUGGCGGAACGUUUCAUGUAUUUGGUAGAUGUGACAUUGGUUUAACGUGCCGAAAAGUUCGAAACCAGAACUAUGGAUAUUGUGUUUGCAAAAAGGCCCACCAUAUAGCAGAUUGUCCUUAUGGUCGAGCAAGAUACGCAAAUGGCUGCAUGAAAGCAAGAUGUUAUGAUUUACCAAAAUGCAAAGCUUUCUCGCAUCACGUUGGUGGUAAUCAGACAUGCCCAAGUGUAGGAACUGUUUUUUGCGACACGGAAUGUUCAAAUUGCUGCAGCCAUCAUACACCGUGUAGUCCAAAUGACUUACAGCAAAAAAGUAACUGCAAGUUUGGAUGGUGGGAGUACUGAAGGAUUGACUAAUGCCAUAUUAAUUUCGCUUAUUCAAAACCCCUAGAGAUGAUGGCUCUAUACAAUUACUUGUGCUUUGAUCAAGAAUAUUUAUGAUCAGAGUUUUAGACGUUAUAGAAUAUUAUAUAGAAAAUUUCCUUUUUUUUUAAUUUGAAAUCUUGAAUUUCUGUUUUAGCUAAAGAAGAACAGUGCAAGUUUUAAUAACAUAAUCACGGCUUCUAUUGUGAAUGUUGUUCUCUUGUGCGAAAAAAAUUCUGUUUUCCUGCCUUAGGCCGUUUUACAAUAUAGCAACAUUUUACCAUCAGUAUCCCAAAGCGUUGCAUUUACUGUUAAAACCUAGUAUUUUUAGAAGCUUUUAUCCUUUCUUUUUUAUUUAUUCUAAUUUUGCCCUAUGCUUCUUUAAAGCAACGUUUUUUCUAUCAUCAUUUGACUGCGCGUUCCUGAAGUAAAUGCUGUUAUGAAAUAAACAGCUCAUCUUGCAAUACAUGUCGCGUGUUGCCAAAAGCUGGUAAAAAAUAUAUAAAUUUACGAGAUGAAGUAACUUAACUCCCUUAUGAGGCAUGACUUAGCGUAUGUUUAGGCUCGGUUUUACGAAGCAGAUUAUGUUUAUUUAAUGUAUAGAAUGCUCAGUAAAGUUGUGCAACAUGUUGUGACGAAGAACACAGGAUUAUUUCGACACUUAUACAAAAAACGCGAAGCAAUCAGAAACUUCAUAGUUAUUUUUUCAGUAUCGAUAUGUGCUAAAUUGGUGCAGAGAAAAAGGAUAGUUGGCCUGUCAAACUACUGGGGUCCUAGUGAUACUCAUUUUAAAUAUGAAUUUUUUUACAACUCUCGCUCAAGCUACCCAUAAUUAUUUUUGCUUGCAAUUGUUUCUCACCUACAAUGAAGACUAUAUUGCAUUCAUGUUACCGGGUUUUUUUUUUUGACAUAGUUAUAGAUCUUAAUUAACAAAAAAACACUCAAUUUUCUCAACUUCAGAUUUCAGAACGAGCUUUUCGAAAGAAUGUCAUAAAUAAGAACAUGUCAUUAAAUUCUGAAGUUAAUUCUUAAUAUCAAGAGCAAAAUUUAAACAAAUCAGCUUGAAAAAUGCUCAUCUUGACUGGUUGAUAUAAAAAAGGGUAUAAAGCUUUUUUCAGUGCGAAAAGUCCUGAUCACACCCCGGCCGGUUUGUGUCAAAUUUUAUUUUUCCUUUUUCACACUAAACACGAGAGUAGGGUUGAUAUCUGAGGUAGAUGUCAAAACAAGCGAUUGUUGUGGUUGCACGACUUUCGUAGCUCAAACGGGAUAUUUAAGCGCACUACCACCCCCUUUCGCAG